AUGAUUUCAAACACUAGUUUUGACAUUCAAAUGAGUUAAGCUCAAGCAUAAAAUGCUUAGAGCUUUAAAAAGAGAAUAGCAAACACUGCCACAGGUGUUGCAGCUAUUGCAGUCGUAACAUGCAUUACUAUUUUGAUAGUAACUGCUGGAGCUUCAACUAAUAACAAUAACCCCGAGUUAUCAAUAGCUGAUCCUUCUUAAAAUCUACGUGAAGAAAUUUUCAUAGACAAUAGGUAAUUCAAAUAAUUCAUAGCCUUAUCUAAGAAGAGCGUUAUCAAUUUCGAAAAUAUUUCUGAUCACAUCUACAGCCUCUUUUAAUAAGAUAAGGUCUAGGUAGAACGUAUUACUAACCUUUUUGUCAAAUUUGUUUUUGACUUAAUCGAUAGUAAUGAUAAUGAUGUAAUUGAUAGAAAUGAAUGGAAUGCUUUCUUCACAGCUCUUUAUCCUCUAGACAAGGACUUCUUUGCUGCAUGGUUUGACUAGGUGAACAAUAAGGCUCCUUUCAAGAUUGAUGCCUUCAAGAAGUUUGUUUUUAACCAAGAAUCUAAAGCCAUGGAUAAGCCUCCUUAAUUAAAGACUAAUCCUAAGGUUGUUUUGAAUAACUUUGCUAAGUUAGUUAUUAAAGACAAUAAUAACUAUAAGAAAACCUACACCUUCAUUUUUAACAUCUAUGAUGUAAAUGGUGAUAAGGUUGUACAAAAAGACGAGUAUAUUAAGCUUCUUGUUUCCAUGGGAGAACCUAAAGCUAAAGCCUAAGGUGAAGCUGAUAAACUUUUUAAAUUUAUCUAAGAAAAUAAAAUAGGAACAGCUGACUAAAUUAAGUUCGAAAAUUGGGCUAAGUUUGCUGAAUCUAUUAAACCCUCUCUCAUUGACAUGCUCAACAAAAAUACCUCUUUCUUGUUGAAGGAACAACUCAAAUAACAAUAGUUCGUUGCUGUUUUAGGAUAAUCUCAAGAUAUCUACCACAACACUAUCAGCAUGAUCCAAGAAUAAAUCGAUCUCUAAGUCUCUGGAAACAGUGCUUUGACCAGUGAAUAACAAAAAAUCUUAGAUCAUCUCUUGAACACUAUUGCCUAAUUCGAAUUUGACAUUGUUGAUUCUAAUGGUGACAAGGUUAUAACUCGUUAAGAAUAUGUCCAUUUCAUUGAUACUCUUUUCAAGAAGCAAGCUGAUAGAUAACACUUCUAUAAGGAAUUUGAUCAAAUUAAUAAAGGUCAACAAGUUACUUAUGCCUAAUAUCUUAAGCACGUAAAAGACUCAGUAGCUCAAUCAAUGAAGGAUGACAACAAUGAAGGUGACGAUGAUGAUAGUGACUUUUAGUACCAACCUCAUGAACCUAGCAAAAAGAUAGGUUAAAGACUUGGUUUAUACUUGAUUGAAAAUGACAGAAACUUUGAAUUAACCUACAAGUUUAUCUUUAACUUGUUUGAUGUUAAUCAAGAUAAGGUUGUUUCUGUUUCUGAAAUUAAUGGCAUUUUCAAGGCUUUCAACCCUAAUUAAGCUGAACUUGAAAAGCAAAAAGCAUAAGUUUAACAAUUCUUUAACGGUCUUAAGCAAGCAGGAGUUGGUGAUGGUAACUAAGUCACUUUAGACUAAUGGGCUCAAUUAGCUAAGAAGGUAAGACCUGAGCUUCUCAAGCAAAUCAAGCAAGCCUAAUUCUUCUUACAAUUCAUAGCUUCAUUUGAAUUAAAAUAUUGA